CAAGCAGAAGCUGUCCGAAACGCUAAAAGCCGACACAGCGACGCUCCACCAAAUCCCUCUCUCUUCCCAUUUUCUUCUCUUCCAAUGUCUUUUCCCCACCAUCUUCCCGAAAUGCCCACAAACCCUACCCUUUUCUACUCCACCAGACUCUCGUUUUCUUCUGUUCCCUGCAAAAGACCCUCAUUUACUUCUCUCCUUCUCCGAUCAUUCAGCCGAUUCUCUUCUCCAGUGACAAGAAGAUAACGGACAGAUCGGAUUCUCAGGAUACUUGGGAGAAUUGGCAGCAUUUUUUUUUUUUUCCUUCUGAUGGUGUGAUCAAUAGGUUGUGUGUCUGCCUGUCAGUUAGUGGGAGGUAUUUAAAGGAUUUUCUUGUUUACAAAUCUACCACAAUGCAGCGAUUGGUUUCACUGUCUUUUCAGACCUACUGAGAGGAACCCUUCAUUAAUUGCCCGUGUUGUUUGGGAGGCGUAAUCAUGGGUUCUUUUUGUUGCUGUCCGUGCGGCGAGGAGUUUGAAGAUUAUGCUUCUCCAAGCAAUCCCAUAUAUAGACACUGCAUAUGCCUAAGAUACUUCAUACAUCAGCUAUUUAGUGGGUACACUGCAGUAUUUCAGAGACUAGAAGGGCGGACAGUUGCCUCACCAAUUCAAGGGGCUAACCCUUUGGCGUCAACUGGAUCGGGCACAGCUUUAUCUGACAGUUCCUUAUCUGAUGCAUACCACUCUGUUCCCAGACCUGCACCUUACGAAUCCGAUCCAAGGUAUUCUCGUUUACAGCGCGACGGAUUGGUCUCAAGACGCGAAAAGUCUCUGAGCCAUUUUCAAGAAGAGUCACAGCCACUUAGAAGAAACAGUAGUAGCUCUGGUGUAGAACAUUUGGGUGUGGGUAAGAAACGGAAUGGACUAGAGUUUGAAGGGGAAUCUAAAGCUGGCCGUGCAGAAUCCUCCGAGAAGACUUUAUCUGCUAAAGCAUCACAAGGAGUAGCUUAUAUACUAUCUUCUGAAGAUGAAGAUGUCUGCCCUACAUGUCUCGAUGAAUAUACUCCAGAAAACCCAAAGAUAAUGACACGAUGCUCUCAUCAUUUUCACCUCAGCUGUAUAUAUGAGUGGAUGGAAAGAAGUGAAAGCUGUCCACUUUGUGGCAAGGACAUCAACAGGAUUUUGUAAGUGAAUAGGCUCUGUGACCACUUGAUGUAUAUUGACCACUUGAUGUAUAUAGGUAAAUUAUCUCCAUCACUAAUUUUUUUGAGGUAAGUUGUUAUUGAAUGCCUUUUCUGUCUCAAAGGCCUUUUUCCUAGAAAGAUGUCCCAGAUUUUAUCGAGUCCUUCGUUUUUUUAUGUAGGUCGAUCUAGGUUUGUUAGGACCCAAUCAAUUGCCACUUGAUUCAAGCAUUAUAGGACAGUCCACACUUCGAAAGAUGAAGUAUUUGUGAAGCAUCUAAUGAACUAAGCCUUCAAAGUAAAAAUUCAACAACUAUUCGGCAAGUGGGGAUCAAUAUCCAGCAGUUAGAAAUGAUUUGCAGCAAAUAGCUGGAAUUUUCCAGCGAGUUGGAAAUGAUCUCAGCACUAAAGAAAAAGUUCCAGCAGUCAAUGUAAGAUUCCAGUAAUCAGAGAAGCUGUUCAACACAUACAAGAUGCACUUGCAAGCACUAACAAGAGAAGAAACCUCAACUUAAGAAAAUGAAUGUUUACAAGCCCCAAAAUUCCAAUUCCGUACAUUUAUCUUGAAAGGAAAAUAAAAUUAAAAAAAUCAGCUAUUGUUCGUCCGGUGUCUCCAAAGACUUAACACGAGAACUAUUUACAUUACUGAUAAUGCAAGGACCUAAACUAAAUUUCAGCCCUUGAUUUAAAACUAAUCUCAGUCAUUUAUACUACCUAUUCUAGAAUUCCUAAUGAAAGGAACAAUAAGCCUUACAGAAGUCCCUAAGACAUACAUGGCGGCCCACAAGUGGACCAAGAAAGGAUUGAAAAGUUGUCCCGUAUUGGCUGAUAUGGGCGUUUCUAGACGACAUCUUCUUGCCCAGCGACAGGAUACAGGCUUGUGUCAGUCCUGAUAUGCUCCUGCAUGUCACCUAUUAGAGGCUACUGUUCAAUUAUUUUCACUUUUUUCUUGUGAGUUUCAUGUAGUUUCUUCUUUUCAAGCAUAUAGGAAGGCUAGGACUCACUUUCGGUACAUCUCUGCCUAUUUUAGAGAUGACAACACAAGUGUUGUGUGUGAUUUGAUGAAUUGAAGCAGAAGAACUAAUUAAUGUGAUUUUUGGUUAAAAUGUGUAACUAAAUGCGUUAUAGCAAGAAUUGACAAUCAACUAAUGAAUCUCUCAUCACUGAAUGCUUUACCGUUAAAUUUAGACGUAAAAUACUAAAGACUCAGAUUUCACCAGGUCAGGCAAACAAACAGAGAAAUUCUUACUCAAGAAUGGUCCAAUGUACAUGUCAAAAACAGGAAUAGAUGACCAAUGCUCAUGUUUUAAUGUUGUUUCCUAAUAUGUUCGCUUUUUUUUUUUUUUGGUGAAAAAGAACAUACUGAUAUGUUCUAAUAUGGUCCGGUUAGCCAGUUAUGGUACUGUUUUUCAGCCUGGCCAAUACACCCUCCAAUACCAAUAUUCAGAACAUUUCUGAUACCGAUUUGGAACCUUGACUGAGGGAAGUGUUUAGAAGUCCUCUAAAAAGUAGUCACUCAGCCCCAGCCUAAAACUAGGCUUCACCUUCCAGGCAACUGAAAAUGAAGUCUACACGAAUUUUGGACUCCUAUUUACCCCACUCACUUGUACAUAUAUUCCACCAUAUGAAGCCUUUUGAGACAAGGCAAAGGUCACUUCAUCAAGCUGCUGACACCAGCAUGAUGACUUUUGGCACCCGAGUUGCGCGCCACCUUUCUAGCAUGAUUUCAUCACUUCUUUUGGCCCUCAAAAUUGCUUGUACACUUCUUCUUGCGUGCAACCUUCUCUCCUUGUCAUUCUCCUCAUUCUUCUUCUUCUUUGAAUUUGCAUCCGGUCUUUGAAAGCAAGUUUGUUGUUCAUGACUGAUAACAUUUCUUUAUAUUAAUUUGCCAUUAGAAUAUGACACUUGCCAUCGUUUGCCCUUCAUCAACUGGAAUUGAUUUAGAAAAAAUCAGCUUUUUUAUGUGCAUUUGCUUCACUUGUUAAUAUUCUAAUAAUUUAUACUGUUGGACUCGAUGGUGUUAUGCUAGUUGUGUUGUACCACUUGUAACUAGUUAUUCAUUAUAGGUCCUUCCAAUUCUUUGAGAAGUAUUCCAAAAUCACCAAUUUUGAUAUCUUGGGUUGAUAAUUCAUGAGAGGAGAGAUUGAGAAGGAUGUUACUCACAGUAACCAAGUUGGAUGGAAAAAGUGGAGAUGGCCUCUGUGGUUUUAUGUGAUCACUGUGUAUGGAUCAAAUUUAAGGGGAAAUUUCAUUGCAUAACUAUAAGACGAGCUAUGUUUUAUAUGACAGAAUGUUGGGCAGUUCAACAACAUGUUCAUGACGAUGUUCAGAUGGAUGAGUGACAAGAUGAGGAAUGAUGGAAUUAGAAUGAAUGUGUUCAAGGGAACUUAGGUGUAGCACCAAUAUAAUAAGAUGAGCGAAAGUGGGGAAAAUAAAAAAAGAAAAAAAGAAAUGAGGGAAA